AUGAAGGCAUGGUAUGCGAAGGAAGCUGCGGUUUUGAAAAGUUGGGGUAGUGAUGAACGAAGCUAUCAACUCCUAGCAGGGUACAUGCAUUUGCUGCAGAAAGGAAAUCCAUGGACAAUAUAUAAACUUCACUAUACUGGUGGUGGAUUAGUUGUGAAGCAGUUCAAGUAUCUAUUUUUCGCACUUAGAGCAAGCAUUGCAGGGAUUAAAUUCAUGCGAAAGGUUGUUCUUGUUGAUGGCACUGUUAAAAAGGCUAAGUUUAAGGGUGUUCUUAUCGCUGCAAGCAUGCAAGAUGCCAAUUUCCAAGUGUUCCGUAUAGCGUUUGCUAUUGUUGAUUCAGAGAAUGAAUUGGCCUGGACAUGGAGCAUGGUUGUCCCUGACGCUGAGGAUUUAGUUAUGGUUUCUGACAGGCAUAGGUCUAUCUAUGCUGCCGUAGCUACAGUUUAUCCACAGGCUUUUCAUUGUGCAGCCUAUCUGGACGCAAUCCCACUUGAGCAUUGGACUCAAGCUCAAUGUAAGGCGAGACGCUACUAUGUCAUGAGCAGAAACAUUGUCGAAGCUGUCAAUGAUGCAGUUGGUAAGUUUCUUAAACUACCUAUUGUUUCAAUGGUAGAAUCUAUUCGCACUAAGUUGAUGGGGUGGUUCUGCAUCCGUCGUGCAAAAGCAGAAAGGCUUGUAAGCUUUCCAGACCCGAUAACACCAAAUGUUAACAAGCUAAUGUUACGCUAUCAGAAGGAUUCUGUGGGGUUGCCAGUGAAGGGUGUUUCAAAAUGGACUUUUCAAGUUGGUUCAGGCAAGAAGAUGUACUAUGUUGAUCUCGAAAAUAAGACUUGCACCUGCCAACAGUUUCAGAAACUCGAAAUACCAUCUUCCCACGCGUUGGCUGCAGCAAGAACACACGGUGUUAACGUUCCUUCGCUUGUGGGAUCACAAUUCACGGUUACUGUUUUUCCUGACUCAUACGAGAAGUUCAUCUACCCUGUUCCUAACCAAUCUGACGAGGAAGUGCCUACGAAGCUACAGGAAACAGAAGUCCUUGCACCAGAGAAUCCCAAUGGCCCGGGCCGCAGAUGCAAAAAAAGGAUCCCUUCAACUAGGGAGUUUUCAGUCCCAGCAGCGAAGAAGAGGAAAAGGGGACCUAGCAAGUGUUCAAUUUACUCAAAACAGGACAUAACAGAGUGA